AAAUCCUUGUGCAGGGGGCAGAAGACUUCAAACUAAUUAAGAAAAGUAUUUCAUAUUUUUUUAAGGUAUCAAAAAUAAUAGACGUUUGUAUGCCUUGUAAUGCCAGUAUAUAGAUUUAGAAAAGAACCAAAACAUCACAUGGAAUAAUACUGUUACCUCUCAGUGGUAUGCUCCUGGUAUGCCCCUUGCUGGUAUACCCCUUGCUGGCAGAAUCAACAACACAGAGGUUUACAGCCUGACUUUGAUUUGUACUGAAAACACGGGAUAUCUACUUAUCCCACUGUCAAAUUGAUUCUUCAAAUAUAGGAGCUAUUUAACUUUGCUGAAAUGUGAUAGGAGGGGAAACUGGUACUUGCCAGCAGUGCUCUCCAGCUUCCUUCCCCAGAACAUCUGAGACAACAGGAAAAGGCAACAAGGAGAUUUGAGGAAAAUACUUAAAGGAAUGAAGGAGUUAUCCUCCAGGGAGGCGCCAAGGCUGGCUGCCCAGGUGAAGUGCCUCUGCACCAACACACACAGCUUGGGAAACAAACAGGAGGAGUUGGAAGGCACUGUGCUGCUAGAAAACCGUGACGUGGUUGCUGUCACUGAAGCCUAGUGGGAUUGUUCCCAAGACAGGAGUGUAGCUGUCAACACUUAGAAGUUGUUCAGAAGGAACUGGCAUGGAAGGAGGGGAGGAAGCAUUGCCCUCUACAUCAAGGAAGGAAUAGUGUGAAGAGUUGUCCCAGAAGAAUGGCCACAAGCAAAUCGAAAAUCUAUGCUUAAGUUAGAGACUGAGGCAGCAAAGGAAAUCCUGUAGUUGGAGUCUGCUACAGGCUGCCUGAUCAUGCAGAGCCUGUUGAUGAUGCCUUCUUUUUCAAAAUACAAGAGACAUCACAAUUGCAGGCUCUUAUCCUGCUGGGGGGCUUCAACCAUCCUGACAUCUGCUGGAAAAGUAGCAUGGUGAGCUGUUGGCAGUCCACCUGGAUCGUGGCAGUCCCCACUAUCGAGAAGCUAGGGGAUGAAAGGAUAGAGCACAGCCCUUCUGAAAUGGACUUGGGGUACUGGUGGAAUGGUAAGCUGGACUUGAGACAGCAAUGUGCCCUCGUGAGCCCGAAAGCCAGUUGGAUCCUGAGCUGCAACAAAAGAAGCAUGGUCAGCCCACCAAGGGAGGUGAUCCUGCCCCUCUACUCUGUGGUGUUGAGACCUCACCUGGAGUACUGCAUCCAGAUGUGGAGUCCUCAGUGUAGAAGAGACAUAGACCUGUUAGACCACAUCCGGAGGAGGCCCACAAAAAUGAUCAAAGUGCCUAUUUUUAUAAAGAUAACAAAACAAGUCUCUUACCUGUGAGAUAGAGGUCAGCUUCCAUUCCCUUCAGGACACUGCUCCCAGAACCAGCACACAGAGCAGCUUUCUUCACUGGAGAAUCUGCAGGAUACAAGCCUCACCGAGUCCUUUGGACAGCCAGUUGUUGACUCCAUGCGGUACGGCAUCGUACGCUGUGUGUGGCGUUUGCGGUAUAUCCAUCAACCUCAGCUUUUUGAUGAGCAGGCAUGGCUGUCACGCUGCACACUGAUGUAGGAGACAUUAAAAUUGAACUGUUCUGUGAGCGAACGCCAAAAACAUGUGAAAAUUUCCUGGCUCUUUGUGCUAGUAACUACUACAACGGCUGUGUGUUUCACCGGAAUAUAAAGGGCUUCAUGGUUCAGACGGGGGAUCCAUUAGGCACUGGGAAAGGAGGAACCAGCAUCUGGGGCAAGAAGUUUGAAGAUGAAUUCAGUGAAUACCUAAAGCAUAGUGUCCGUGGGGUGGUUUCAAUGGCAAACAAUGGUCCAAAUACCAAUGGGUCGCAGUUCUUCAUCACUUAUGGCAAGCAACCACACCUGGAUAUGAAGUACACUGUUUUUGGGAAUAAAUGUUCAGAAACCAAAUCCAUAAAUGACCGGGAGCACCACAAGCGGAGGCGCUAUGUGGAGGAGUACAGGACUGAGCACACACAGGGCUGUGACAGCGGGCAGCAGCACCGCGAGCACAAGAGCGCCCACCGCCAACACGGCAGCAGGUCCUUGGGCCGCAGCGGGAAGGGCAGCUACAAGCAGUUGCACAGGACGCAGCACAGCGCCUGCCACCACCACCAUCACUCACAGAGGAGUCUUCGAAGGAAAAGAUCCAGGAGUGUAGAGGAUGAUGAGGAGGGUCACCUGAUCUGUCAGAGUGGAGACGUACUAAGUGCAAGAUAUGAGAUUGUUGCUACUUUGGGUGAAGGAGCUUUUGGAAAAGUGGUGGAAUGCAUUGAUCACAAAGCGGGAGGUAGACAUGUAGCUGUGAAAAUAGUAAAAAAUGUGGAUAGGUACUCUGACGCAGCACGUUCAGAAGUACAAGUCUUGGAACAUUUAAAUGCAUCAGACCCCAGCAAUACGUAUCGCUGUGUCCAGAUGUUGGAAUGGUUUGAGCAUCACGGCCAUGUCUGCAUUGUUUUUGAGUUACUGGGACUCAGUACUUACGACUUUAUUAAAGAGAAUGGCUUUUUGCCAUUUAGGUUGGACCAAAUUAGACAAAUGGCAUAUCAGAUUUGCAAAUCUGUGAACUUUUUACAUUUGAACAAACUGACACAUACGGAUCUGAAACCGGAAAACAUUUUAUUCGUCCAUUCUGAUUAUGUAGAAGAAUAUAACCCCAGACUGAAACGUGAUGAGCGCACACUAAAAAAUCCAGACAUCAAAGUGGUGGAUUUCGGGAGCGCAACAUACGAUGACGAACACCACAGCACUCUGGUGUCUACAAGACAUUACAGGGCUCCUGAAGUUAUUUUAGCACUGGGAUGGGCACAGCCAUGUGAUGUUUGGAGCAUCGGCUGUAUUCUCAUAGAAUACUACCUUGGCUUCACGGUAUUUCCGACUCAUGACAGCAAAGAGCACCUGGCAAUGAUGGAACGGAUACUGGGGCCUUUGCCUAAUCACAUGAUACAGAAAACCAGGAAACGGAAAUAUUUCCAUCGGGACCAGCUGGACUGGGACGAGCACAGUUCUGCAGGCAGAUAUGUUGCAAGGCGCUGCAAACCACUGAAGGAAUUCAUGACAUGCAGGGAUGCUGACCACGAGAACCUGUUUGACCUCAUUCAAAAAAUGUUGGAGUAUGAUCCAGCUAAACGUAUUACACUUGAAGAAGCACUAAAACAUCCUUUCUUCUUCCCCUUGAAAAAAGAGAAAAGGAAGCUGUCGCCUGUAGCAGAGCAGUCCUGUCCAGAUGCUAUUAGCCCACCAAAGAAAUAUAGGAGAUUUUAAGUAAUAAAUUAUUAUGUAUAGUUCUUCUUUGUAAAUGUCUUAUUUUGUAUUGUGACUCUUUUGGAUUGAUGCAGCUGCUGAAAUAAAAGUUAUUUAAGAAAAAAA